AUGGAGGAGAAGAGCCGCUCCCAUUCUUCUAAGGCCGGUGGAGAGAGGCCCUUCAUCUCAGAUGACUCGCUCACAUAUGUACGUGCGGACUAUUUCGGGGUAGACAUGUCCUAUCAUGAGAAGCUUGCCCACAGAUGUUGGCGCGAUAUAUUUUUCUGCGGGACGGAGCUUGAUCACUAUGAGAGGCUCUUCGCAAAGCCAUGGCUCUUUCCGCAUCUGGGAGAAGACCUAGACACCGACGGCGCUCUCUAUACUGAUAUUCUAGCGGGAAGGCAUGUCUAUCUUUUUGGGAUUUCCGAACCAAAACUUGUUGGCAAAGAGUUCCUCCCGGUUCCAAUCAUUUGUGCGGUUAGUAUUAGUAUUCCUUUGCCGGAGCAGAUAGGAAUCAAGUCUGUUCAGAUGAAUAGUAUAGACGUCCUGUCAUUCGAGCAAAUGGAUCUUUUCUUCAGAGAGGAAUCUUUUGGAGUCGCAAAGGUUGAUGGGAAGCCAAAGAAAAAACUCAUUGUUAAAACACUGGCAUUGAACAAGCGUCUCAGCACUGUCGAGUUCAUGUCUGAGCUCCAGUUAAAUAGGUAUAAGUAUGCCAACUUGUAUAUUUUCCGCCCCGAUGUGGAGGAGAAAGAGAUGAAGGAGAUGGUGGAGCCGACCAAUGUAAUUGUUGAUGUGACACUGCAUAAGACCACAGUAACGGAUCUCUACGAGGAGAAGGACGACGCAACUGAAGCCGCCAAGCACAUAGUCAAUAAACACUUCAAGGAUCUACCUCAUACGAAGGCAGAUAUCCUCGAAAUUGCAAAGAAACUUAAGGAAUCUAUGAAUGAGGAAAAAGGGCGUUACAAGGCUCGGAUGGCAAACAUCAAACGACAAAUCAGCGAGUGCUCUACUGAAUAUCUAGAUGCUCUCAAGGGCAUGCGCAUUAUCAAGUACUAUCCUUAUCUAGACACGGAGCGGGCAGAAAUCCGAACCAAUAAGCUUGUGAACCGUUUCUAUGGAGAUGCCACAGAAGUGAAAGGAGGCACGUCUCCCUAUGAGACCCGCGAAGAGUUCGAGCAGAGAAUGCAGGCCCUCGAGGCAAAGAAGGCGGAGAAACUCCGCCGUAGCAAUCUUGCAGAAGAAAAGAGGCUCCAGCGCAUAUUGGAGAUGAAAAAGAAGCGCGAAAGCAAUCCGCCGACGAAGAAGCUUACUAGAGCCGAUCGAAUCCGACUCCUUGAGGCAGAGUUGGAGAACACUCCAGAAGCUAUCGCGCGAAGGAAGAGGGAAGAAAGAAAAGCUGCUGCAAAGGAGAAAGCCGCGAAGGCUAGGAUGAAGGCUAAAGCUAAGGUCAAGCCAGUUUUGAAGACCAUGAAGAGGAUGAGGAAGUAA